AAAUGAAACUGAUAAAUACAGAAUUGCCAAUGUAAUUUGGGUGGAAAACCACGUAGCUUUGUCAGUAGAAUAAAGGAAGAUGUUAGAGGUCAUCUAAUCUGACAGCCCAAAAUCUAUCAUAAUUUCUCUCUCUACAACUCCAGGUAACUAUUUAGUUAAGUAGCAGGUUAGAAGUUGGAGCCAAGGCUAAGCUUCCCAAUUCUCUGCUGCUGUGCCACUUCUAAACAACAAGGGAACUGAGGCAAUCUCUCCAUCUCUGCUAAAUGGCUGGUUAUGAAGAUGAAGAGGUUGGGUUCGAAGAAGGAAUGGCAUGGCUUCCUUCUCAGAUUAAACAUGAAGCAAUAUGGGAAACCAAGGAAGACCACCACCACCACCACCACCACUGUCAUCAGUAUCGUAAUCUUGCUAAAUUGCCUCUGCAGCCGCAACAGCUGCGCUCAAAAUCUAGCCCAAAGCCUCAUGGUAGAACAAAAUACCCCAUUAAUUGGGCAUCAGGAGGACAUGGAAUGCAAGCUAUUUUUCUAGAUACGGGUGAAAAUUCAUGUGGGACUGGAGUUUUUCUUCCAAGAAGAGCAGGCACAAACUUGCAAUCCAGCAAGAGGCCAGCUUGUGCUCCUGUUCUUCUACCUGCGCGAGUAGUUCAAGCUCUUAAUCUCAAUGCCCAUGAAAUUGGCCUGCAGAUAUCUCGCCGCCAAGAUGCAAAGAAUAAAUCAAAAGGUGGAGACUGUGUUUCAAUGAAAAAUAAAAAUAGCAAGGAUGCAUCAACAGAAUGUUGUGUGGUAUCGCAGAAUGAGAAUUCUUCGCCGGAGAUAUUUCUUCCCAAAGAAUGGACUUACUAGUACUCAAACAGCCUGCUGGCGGCUGCACCAAAAAUCCAUAAAAGUGAAGCUCAUUCCAAGUUGUGCUUAUUAAAAACCAAGAUCAGUUGUACAGUGUAAUUAAAUAAUGACGGCAUAAUUAUUUCUUCAUUGUGAAUUUGUUUGUGUGAUCUAAUUAUAUCUUGUACACCAGAUGCUCGUAACUUUAUAAGGUUAA